AUGGCAGCAUUAGCAGUGGUUGAAACCCCAUCAGGGAAAGAUGCUCUCGCUGAGGGUUUGCUGGACCUCUUGAGACCCGCUGUACAGCAGCUUGACUUACACGUGCACUCAGUCAGAGAAAGCCAAGUGGAACUCAGGGAACACAUUGAUAAUUUAGCAUCUGAGUUGUGUAGGAUCAAUGAACACCAGAAGGUGGCACUAGACUUAGACCCAUAUGUGAAAAAGCUUCUUAAUGCCAGGAGAAGAGUGGUGCUUGUCAACAACAUACUCCAAAAUGCACAGGAGCGUUUGCGAAGAUUGAAUCAUAAUGUGGCUAAAGAGACGGCACGCAGGAAGACCAUGCUUGAGGCAUCUGGAGCAUUUACCCCACGCUCUCCCAGCAAACCAUGAUGUCAUGAACGUCACAUUUUGGGAAUGCACCAUUACACUGUGCUCAAUGCCAAGGACCAAUGCUCUAGAUUGGCAGAAUCUUCCUCACAUCACUGGGCUAUUCAAAGCACUGCUUUAGCAUUAAUGUCACUUCAUUUAAGAGCAGUCAGGGAGACAGCAGUUUGCAAAUAUGCACUCAUUACUUUCUAGAACGUAACUAUUUGAAUAAAAAAAAUGUCUGUUUGAAUGUAAAUGAUGCUAAAAAACUGCAGCUCUGUGUACUUGCAAAUGUAAGGUUUUAAAAACAAUAGUAAUGGUCGUAACAGUAAUUACAUUUGUUAAUAUUAUGAUUAUUUUGGCUUGAGGAAGUUAUGACCACUUAAGUCAGACAUUUAGUAAUUUCUAACUUGAUGUGUUUUAUGUUUCUGACUGAUCAGACUCAUCAUUUUCUAAAACUGUUUGGUAAAAACUGAAAUUGUUCACUCAAAGAAUUUUAUUUCCCCCAGAAUUAAAAUAUACUCACUAUUUACUCUCCCUCAAGUGGGUUCCAAACCUUUAUGAUAUGGAUGCUCCGAUCAGGAUUUUUGUAGCCAAUACUGAGUACCGUUACCUCGUGAUGGUGAUUGACCAAUACAGAGUACCGAUUCUGAAGCUUCAAGCUUUAUAAUGCAUAAAGCACAUUUACACUAGUAUUCUACUUAAGUGUAGAUCUCUCCUUACCUAAGAUAAUAAAGGAAGGAUGUUACAUAUAACCCCUAAACAUGUCUCUUAGUCUAGUGUGAACAUGUCAUGGGCAGAAGCAGCUUUACAGAAAAUAAUUGUAAUUAUAUAAAUAAAAUGGUAAGAAAAACAAUGGAAGCAUUUUAAAUGAUGGAUGAUCAAUUCUACAUGUCUCAAUCAAAAAAGAUUUGUAGAGCAUAUGUGAUGCAUGAGAAGUCAAAAUUCACACCUAUAUAUCCUUUACUAGAAGGAAAUAGGCCUAUAAAUUACAAAUAAGUAUAUUUUACCUGCUGUGGUCACCCAGCGAUUGCUCACUCAUCAUUUAUCUCUUUACAUAUUUUAACACUGCUGAUGUGUAAUAUAUGGGUGAGCAUGUGUGUCUUCCUAAUCUCGUGAACAAACUUUUGCGAUCGACCAGGUUGGUGAGUAUUGAUCGUGUCAUAGUGAUUAUCAGCCGAUCUCUGGACGAUAUAUCGGAGCAUCCCUACUUGACAAGUUUCUUUUUUUCUGUUGAACACAAACUAUUUUAAAGAAUAUAAACUAGUUGCUAUUAACUUUCAUAUGAAAACCAUUGACUUUUAUGGUAUGUGUUUUUCCUACUAUAAUAGUAAAUGGUUACUAUUUUUCGAUAAUUUUCUAAAUAACGUCUUUUUUGUUCAACAGAAAUAAAUAAAUAAAAAAUCUAACCUGUUUGAUUUUUAGUGAAGGGAGAGAAAAUGAUGACAAUUUUCAGUCAUGUGAAUUCAUGCUAGCCAAGUAAAAGCAUGUUAGCAGCAUAUUAAACUUGAAUUCUGCAUGCGCUAAAUGUGUUAAAACAUGUUAACAACAUACAAAAACUUGUUAGCCACAUAUAAAAGCAUGAUAGAAACAUGCUAGCAACAUGCUUAUUUGCGCUAAUAACUUGCUAAUUUGCUAACAAUGUUUUAAAUAUGUUGUUUUUUCACUUCAUGCUAAGUUUACAUUAACUUUACAAAGCUGUUGCAAACUCAAGCAAACUUUUCUCAAGCCAACAUAAAAGUCUGUUCUAAUUAACUUUACCAACCAGUUAUUCAUAUUACUUAUUGCACAUUUAGAGGUAAUAUCCAGUCUAAUGUUUAUGAUAAGUAAAUAUGAUUAUAAAAAGCAAAUGUAU